AUGGCGCCGAAACAACUCACUCAGUGCCCCGAGAACCUGCGGGAGGCCAUAGAUUGGCUACUUCAAAACAAGUCAGAAGGCAACCUUCCAAAGCUGGCCAAUGCUGUUAAAGACCUGAUAGACCAGGCUGUUGAGGACGCUAGGAGUAGUCUGAUAUCUAAUAAAAAUGAGAAUGCAUGUGUAGAGGUGACCGCAAAAGACAUUGAACUUUGUGAGCUGCUUAAAUCCAGGUUGGAGUUACUGCAUAAACAUGAAAAGAAUCUUGAAAACUUCUUUGGUGAUAAAGAUUCUGGAAUAAACCCAUUAGCGGCGAUUAUAGAGAAAGUUUGUUCCGGUUUUGAGCAUCUCUUAGGUUACGAUUCUGGAAACUACACUGGUCGUGGCAUCGUGUAUAGCGAUUGCGAUCGUUUGCGUGACGCCGUUUUAAUGUACUUGCAUGGAGUAUUGGAAAGUGUUAAAAUGGAUCCAAGUAUACAGGUAUACAUGCCUGUAUCAGAGCCGAUUUUGGUAGUAGUUCUUAACACAUUAGAGUUCUCAGCUGGGAAGGGUUCUACGCGUUUUACGGAGUCCAUUGGUGAAGUUACCAAGUGGUUGAGUAAUUUUGAAAAGAUUUUCACCGCUUUAACUAAUGCAGCAAUAACGAAAUUUGAUGAUAUCAAAUUAGACCAUAUUGAGGGUACCAAAGGUUUCAAAAAGGCUCUGGAAGCAUUGAAUGGCGCGUCGCCCAGUAAGCGUAAUGCCGUCUUCGCUGCGCUGCAGAAGUGCCUUAAAAAAGCCAACGAAUUGGAAUCCACAACACUUAAAAAGGCUUUAGAGGCUAUUGAAGUUUUGGAUUCCGACAUUAAGAACAAGGUUCAGAAAUCUGUAAUGCAGGUUGAAACGUUGGUUAAGGCGUUCGCUCAGUCGGCGCAGAACACUAGUUUGCUUGAGGUGUUGGCAAAGGUUGAUGAAACAUUAGGACGUUUGCCGGUUGAAGUGGAACGUAAAAUUAAGAAUGGUGGGCAUGAAACUGUUGAACAAUUUAGGGCCAAAAUGGAGAUGCUGCAUGGGGGGGUGAAUACUCUUAAGGAUGAUCAGUUUAACGAGCUGAAAAAGUCCGUUGAUUCGGGUAUUAAGAAUUACGGUGACAAAGUUAGCAGCACGAUGAAUACUGUUUCCCGAGACUAUAAAAAUAAAAUAAUAGCUACCCUUACGACUGUCGUCGCAAAAGUUUCAGUCCUUUCAACCCAACUCAUUGACGCUCAGGCUGAAGAACUUGAAAAAGAACUUCAAAACCAGUUGGAAAGUUUACCUCUAACGGCGCUUAGAGGGCAAUUUGUGAAGAACGAGACGUAUGAAAGCCUGCUCAAAAGGAAAAAAUCAGAGAUUCAGAGUAUUAGAUCCCAACUCAAAAGUGAGAAUUUGGAUGAAGAAAACAUCCAUCAGUACAAAAGUAAAAUUUCAGGAUCAAUUAGUAAGGUUCUUGACGCUAUAAACAGAACCAACAGCGUCUGGCAGAAGGAAAUUCAGCAGCAGUUGCAGGGGUUGCAUAAAGAUGUUCAAAAUGUUCAUACUAUCAAACAACAGGCAGAAUCGCGGCUUUUGUUGGCACGACUUGAAAAACAGAUUGACUGCCUUGAACGUUUGGCAAAAAUGACCGGUGACGGCAGCGUUAAAGACACAUUGAAAACCGCUACUUCUAACGUUUCAAAGCUUAACCAAGAGCUUGAACGGACACGCGUUGAUGCAGCGUUUUGGUUGAACCAGCAUAGAGACUAUUUAAAGGACGCUUUCCAAAAUGCACAGCAAGCAUCGAACAAACUUGCAGCAACCAUAAAAGAAAAAAAUUCACAAGAUCCUGCCGUGAACUCCACUUCUGUUUUUACAAAUUCGAAGAUUGAUGAGUUACUUAAGAAAUUCGAGGAUGAAUUUAAGGGUCAUAUUAAAGAUCUAAUUGAGAAAGUUGGUAUGAAAUCUACCGACAAUAACAGUGUACACAAGCUCUUGGAUGAACUUCAAAGUCAUAUAAAUGCUCUACAACAUGCAAUUAGGAGUCUUACAGACCAUGUAUCCAUCGUAGAAAGAUCAUUGCAACACUGGAUUGGCAAGGCAAACCGUGACCUUACAUCGGCUUUCCAUGAGGCCAAGGAGGCCAUCACUAAGCUGGGGCAGCAGAUGAAAACUGAAGUUGAGAAUGCACUCACGGACAUUAUAAAGGAGGCCAAAGAAAAAUAUGGGCAAACUAUGAGUGCCAACCUUACAGAGUUAAACGAUAAUUUAACGUCGGAGAUUAAAAAUAUUAAAGACAUUAUAUAUGAAGACUUUAAUCACGGAGCCAAAGGCUUGUUGCGGCAGUUAAAUAGUUUUGUAAAUGGAAUUGAUAUCAUUAAGGACAUUAAGACGUCAACUUAUCAAAUCUUGGAUGCCCCCCGAAAAUCUUCGCUCAGUUUGGCGGUAUUAAUUGUCAAAAUAGGUUUUAAACGUUUCAUAAAGGGAGUAUCUGAACAACGUGACGUUAAAUCGGAGAAGUCAAAAAUAGAUGAAGUCUCCCAGAGCCUUGACAAAUUGCUUCAGCAAAUAUACACAUCCGAUCAUUUCGACAACGAUGUAAAUAUAAUGCGUGAUAGGUUUAUAGACACCUUGAACGCAUUAUCUGCUGAGACCAUGGAUGAUGCACCUAAAAGAGUGCUGAAGCCUUUGAAAUAUGGCCUCGAGAAAUUUGUAGAGGAGCUUAACAAGGCUUAUGUGUCAACGUACAGCUUACAGAAGUGGAACGAUGCAGAUAAAAUAAAAUAUGCGAAGGUCUUUUGUAGCGUUCUUGAAAUUCUAUAUGCAGACUUGGAUAUUUUACACAGUGAGUGUAACGCUAGAGGCACUUGGAGGGAUACAAGGAUUCGUUUAAACGAGCAAAAUAAUAAGGAGAAUCUCCUUGGCUACUUCCUCAAAAAGUGCGGUUACCGUGUUGCUUCAGGACAUGACAGGCAAGAUGGUGAAUUGCAAAAUAAAACCGAUUGCACGGGCCAGAGUAUUCUUAAACGUCUUACCAAUGAUAAAAAUGUGUUCAACUCACCCAACAAUGAUGCCGGUAACCUGUACAAUCUUUAUGAAACGCUUUACACUUACUAUAACAUUUGUCACUGCAAGUAUUUCCCUGAUGUCAAACAUCCAUGCACUGUUAAAGAUAUGCUGAUCUGGCUGACCGGUCUGUGGCAUCAUCCUAUGCUAGACCCACUCAAAGACCACAUCAAGGAGAUUUUAGUAGCACCCGAGAAAUACAAGAAUUCAAAUUAUUUGAGUAUUCCUAUUGAAGAACUAAAACUUGAUCCCACGUCUACUGUCACAGCGAAAAUGAUAUUCGACACGUUGCAAGAAAUUGGCACGCAAUCACACAACGUCCUCACCACCAUCCUGGGAUACGGUGGCCAAUCGGCCACCUAUGCCUGUGACUUUGCCAAUAACGCCUUAGGUUUACAUUAUCCUUCUACCGGCGACGAGUGCCUGCACACGUUGCUUGAUAUCCUUCGCAGAUUGUUCCCCGUGCUCAGAUUCCUGCAAAGCCAGUGUGGUAACCCGGCGUCGGACUAUGGGUGGUUUCAGUGCAGAUACGGUAAAGAUAUCGAACCAGCUAAUUGGCAUUGUGAUGAUCAUUCUACGACCAAAGUUGAUUGUAACAGCAGGUCACCACUAAUGUCAUACCUCAGUGAUUGCUUACCCGGUUACUUGCCUCACCAACUUACCAGCAUCGGUUGUGACCCCGUGUGUACCACUUGUUCCACUUCAGAAAAGGGCAUGCCUUGCCUGCUUCCCUUGGGCUUUAGAGCCUUUUCUGGAAGAACACGUAGAGGUAGUGACAUACGUGAGAUUCUAGAUAAAUUCUUCAAUAUCCCCAAUCAUUCAACCCUGUUUUGCCUGGUGGCCACACCGCCGGCCACACUGCCAGAGCAUUUCGGAUUUGUGUUAUCGAUAGUUAGGGAAAUUCAGAGCGGUGGCACUCCCCCAUUAAAAACGGCCAUAAAAUCAACCAUUAUCGAUUCAUCCAUUGGCAUAUACGACGAACUUGCCGAUCUCACCAGUGCGCUUCGUGAUACCUAUGGUUCAGAGUAUGUCAGACACAAUGAGUGUGUCCACCCUCACCUCAUUACUCUCACAAGCUCAAGCAUAUGUUAUGGCGAGAGUAAGAAAAUACACUGGGCCCCUUAUCUCCGUUCCUUGUGCACCGAUUUAUACAAGCAUUUAGCCAACAGGAACUCGGAACCAUACCUAUCAUGGGUUCUAUACCUGCCAUGGGUUUUCCGCGAUUGCUUGAAAAACUUACAUGACGCCUUCAACCAUAUCUCUUGUGAGGAUUGGAGUUGCCUUCGAUGUUUGGAUGGGGAUGGGUGCAGGAGCGGGCAACACGGCCUCGUUGAACAGGCAGAGGGGCAGCCUGCUAGGCCUUGUUGCCAAUGCCUCUCUGCCGUAAACUGCGAAGGAGUUUUGCCCACACUUUACAAAUAUGGUUUCACGUUUGGAGAUGUAUUUACUUUGAAAGACCCAAGCACCCGUAGGUCGUGUUCAGAUUUCUCCAACCACCUUCGAGAUGUGUUGGAUUCAGAACACUUCGGAAACCUUUUUACAAAGUGUGACGAGUACCUAUUUAAGACCAGAGGGCCGUUCAUCUGGACACUGUUUGCCCUAUGGAUCUUAUCGCUCCUCUAUCUGUUGUACGUCCUCCUCGGCUCCGUCGACACGUUCUACAUCCGCUCGCACUGGAGAUCAUUGUCAUCCCACAACAUAUAUGCCCAAUCGCUACUUGCCGCCUCCCGCGGAAACAAGAUCGCAAAGCUUGCGUACCUGCAGGUGUGA